AUGGGUCCUCAAGAUAGUCCAUAUGCUGGGGGAGUAUUUCUAGUCACUAUUCAUUUUCCUCCUGAUUAUCCAUUUAAACCUCCCAAGGUCGCAUUCAGGACAAAAGUUUUUCACCCGAAUAUAAACAGCAAUGGUAGUAUAUGUCUUGAUAUUCUAAAGGAGCAAUGGAGUCCUGCCUUGACAAUUUCCAAGGUGUUGCUCUCGAUCUGUUCACUUUUAACGGAUCCAAACCCGGAUGAUCCCUUGGUGCCGGAGAUCGCCCACAUGUACAAAACUGACAAGGCCAAGUACGAGCAAACUGCAAGGAGCUGGACUCAGAAAUAUGCAAUGGGUUAG